CUUAUGUGAGCGUUAUAUCCGCUUGUGCAAGGCUUAGAGCUGUCAAGGCAAGCAAGGAGAUUCAUGGAAGGGUUUACAGCCCGGAAGGUGUUCGAUCAAAUCUCGCAGCCAAAUUUAGUUUCAUGGAGCUCCAUAAUUUCUGGCUAUUCUCAAUUUGGAGAGCAUGGGGAGGCUUUGAGAAUAUGGUUGAGGGCUAGAAAACAACUUCUGGUGCUUAAUGAGUUUGUGCUGUCCACUGUGUUAAGUGCGUGUUCUGGACUGGAAGAUUUGAAGGUGGCUAAGCAAGUCCAUUGUCUUUCCCUCAAAAAUGGUCUUUUGUUGGAUUCCUUUGUUGAAGCCGGAACUAUUGAAAUGUAUGUGAAUUCCGGUGAUCUGGAAUCAGCUUAUAUUGCUUUCUCAGAUAUAGAAGAACCAGAAUUGGCUUCUUGGGCUGCAAUUAUCAAAGGAUAUUCUUUAGAAGGCCAUGGAGAGAAAGCAAUGUGUUUCUUUCAGAAGCUGAAAUCGAGCAAGAUAUCAUAUCAUGGAAUGCUAUUUUUGCUGCAUUUAUCAGACAUGGUGAUCUUAGUGGAGCUGCAAAUUUUUUGAAGGAAAUGUUAUUUCAAUCCAAAGAGUUAAAUAUAUGCACUUACUCAAGUCUUCUUAGUCUCUGUGCUGAGCUUCCUGCUAUAGAAUGGGGGCUUGAGACACAUUGUCGUAUGCUUAAACUUCUUUUUGAUGCCAAUGUUGUCGUCGGAAGUGCGUUGAUUGACAUGUAUGCAAAGUGCGGAUGGCUGAACUAUGCUCUUCGGGUUUUUAGCAGGAUGCCUUCAGUAAACUUGGUCUCUUGGAACAGUAUGGUUGUUGGUUAUGCUCAGCAUGGAUUUGGCAUGAAUGCUCUAGAAAUGUUUGAUAGAAUGGAAGAAGAAGGCAUUCUCCCAAAUGAGAUUACAUACAUUGGAAUCCUUUCUGCUUGUGCCCGUGUUGGUCUUGUUGACCGAGGGGAGAUCCUUUUUCAACGUAUGAAAAUCAAAGGGAUAAUUCCAAGGAUUGAGCACUAUGCAUGCAUGGUUGAUCUUUUUGCUCGAGCUGGGCAGACUAAAAGGGCCUACAAAUUCAUCAAGAGCAUGCCUAUGGAAGCAAAUACUGUAAUUUGGCGCAGUCUUUUGGCUGGCUGUAAGACCCAUGGCGAUUUGAGCAUAGGAAAGCUUGCAGCAAAAUAUAUUCUCAAGGAUGAUUGCCAUGAUAUUUCAGCUCGUGCCCUGUCUUCUGCUCUAUAUGCAGAUGCUGGUUUGUGGGAUAAGAGGUCUAAAGUUAGAAGCUUACCAAAGAGGGAAACUGAGAAGGUCCCAGGGAGAAGUUGGAUUGAGGUGAAGUAGGUGAUGAAUGG